AUGAAAUGGGCACCCCUUUUUGGGUUAGUCAACAGGUUUAUAUAUAUACCGUUGACAGAUGGAGAUUUUUCGUUGUACCAAAACAAACAUUUAACAAACAAUAUGUUGAAAGUAUCAAUUUUAUUUAUUACAAUCAUUUUGACAUUAUUGUUGGAGAACAUUCAUGGAAAAGGGUGUCGUGCAAUUGGAGAGAAAUGUAGUAAAACUGUAUUUGACAGAUGUUGUGGCGAUACAGUAUGCCAUUUAACUUCACCAUUUCAUGGGAAAUGUGUCAAAUGCUUAAAAGGGGGUACUCUUUGUAUAUCGGAUAAAAAUUGUUGUUCACACAAAUGUACUUUAGGAAAGUGUACAAAUGAAAAACAUCAUUAUUAAACUGGGGACAUUUAUAAUCAAUUAAGGAAUUUUAAAUGUUGUUCGUAAAUAAUUUGAAUGUGUUUUUCAUAAAAAUUUAAUGAGAAUUUGAAUAUGAUGAAUGAAUAGUCAAUGAAA